CCCCUCGUCUCUAAGCUCCGCGGGGCGGUCUGCGCAGGCGCGCUGGCUCCUACCGAGGCCCCGCCCCCUGAGCCUGGGUAACGGCGUGAGGAGUUUGAGCUUGGCGAGCAGCUGGACGACGAACGAGUUGAGAUGGCCGCCAGCUGGGGGAGCAUCUUGCAGGAUGAGAAGCAGCUGGAGGAGGUGGCACGGCAGGCCAUAGACCGGGCCCUGGCUGAGGGCGUGUUGCUGAGGUCCUCACAGAGCCCCAGCUCCUCAGACGUGGUGACCUAUGCCCCAUUCACGCUCUUCCCCUCACUAGUCCCCAGUGCUCUGCUGGAGCAGGCCUAUGCUGUGCAGACGGACUUCAACAUUUUGGUGGAUGCUGUCAGCCAGAACUCAGCCUUCCUGGAGCGAACUCUGUCUAGCACCAUAAAAAAGGACGACUAUACUGCCCAUCUCUUUGAUAUCUACAAGCAAGUCCUGAAAGAGGGCAUUGCCCAGACUGUGUUUCUGGGCCUGAAUCGCUCAGAUUACAUGUUCCAGUGCAGUGCAGAUGGCUCCACAGCCCUGAAACAGAUCGAAAUCAACACUAUCUCUGCCAGCUUUGGGGGCCUGGCCUCCCGGACUCCAGCCGUGCACCGACACAUUCUCAAUGUCCUGAAUAAGACCAAAGAAGCUGCCAAGGUCCUCUCCAAUAAUCCCAGCAAGGGACUGGCCAUGGGGAUCGCCAAAGCCUGGGAGCUGUAUGGCUCAGCUAAUGCGGUGGUGCUGCUGAUUGCUCAAGAGAAGGAAAGGAACAUAUUUGACCAGCGUGCCAUAGAGAACGAGCUGCUAGACAGGAGCAUCCACGUGAUCCGGCGAAGAUUUGAGGAUGUAUCUGAAAGGGGUUCUCUAGACCCCAACCGAAGGCUGUUUAUGGAUGGCCAGGAAGUUGCUGUGGUUUACUUCCGAGAUGGCUACAUGCCCAGUCAGUAUAGUCCACAGAACUGGGAAGCACGCCUCCUGCUAGAGAGAUCAUGUGCUGCCAAGUGUCCGGACAUUGCCACACAGCUGGCUGGAACUAAGAAGGUGCAGCAGGAACUGAGCAGGGUGGGCCUGCUGGAGGUGCUGCUCCCAGGGCAGCCUGAGGUUGUGGCCCGCCUUCGAGCUACCUUUGCGGGCCUCUAUUCACUUGACAUGGGUGAAGAAGGGGACCAGGCCAUUGCUGAGGCCCUCGCUGCUCCUAGUCACUUUGUGCUGAAGCCCCAGAGAGAGGGUGGAGGUAAUAACCUAUAUGGAGAGGAAAUGGUACAAACUCUGGAGCAGCUGAAGGACAGUGAGGAGAGAGCCUCCUACAUCCUCAUGGAGAAGAUUGAACCUGAGCCUUUUGAGAACUGCCUUCUACGGCCUGGAAGCCCUGCCCAAGUGGUCCAGUGCAUCUCAGAGCUGGGUAUUUUUGGUGUCUAUGUCAGACAGGGAACAACACUUGUGAUGAACAAGCACGUGGGGCAUCUGCUUCGAACCAAAGCCACCGAACAUGCAGAUGGAGGUGUGGCAGCAGGAGUGGCAGUCCUGGACAACCCCUACCCUGUGUGAGGGCACACUCGGGACUUCACCCAAGAGACCUUCUAUCCCUUGUACUUGGCAUUCCUCUAAACUCUCCUGAGGGGCUCUCCUACCUUAUGGGAGCUUGUUUCUUCCAUCGACCUCCAGGGUCUUCAGGGAAGGGAAAGUCCUGGGUACCUUCUCUCGGCCUUCUGUCUGAAGUGAUAGAUGUCACUUCUGUCUGAAGGCUGAGAGAAGCUAUGAUUCCAUUAGCAGAGUUCUAGAGGUCCCAGAUCUUUGGAGUGUGGGAAUGGAAGCUGCUGUGAGGCAAAGGGCCAUAAACUUGGCAAAUCUUCAUCACCCUCUCACCAACCUUUCCCACAGGUCCUAGUGCCUUGACUUGGGAUAGCACUGAGUGGCAGGAGGAAGGGGGUAGAAAGGCAUAGACUUCCCCAGCUCUGCCCUAAAUAAAACAACUGAUUCAAUGA